GGUGUUGGUGAUGGUCUUGUCACAUGAACAUGACCCAUCAGCCCACUUGGUCAUUGGUUUAGAAUGCAACAGAGGAAGCGGACAUAGCCUGCUGGCGCACUAGCUAACUGAAACACUCGAGAUAGGAUACUGAGCGUAUCUGAGUCGCGUUUUGAUUUACUAUCACCGUGAUGCGGUGUUUUAAGCUGAGCGUUCUGUGAGAUAUUCAACAAGAAUUGUUUCCAAACACCGCAGGUCUCAAACUGAUAUAAUGGUAUGGAUAACACAGAUGCAGACACGAAUAGUCUGCUGGAUAUUACUACUCAGCCGCGUCACGCUUUCCCUCCAAGAGUCCACCAAUCAAACAUCCCAGCAGGGCGAAGGGGCUGGGCCUGGCUCGGGGCCCUCUUCAGAAAACUCCGACCCCCGCGCUGCAAACGAGGACGUGCGGGAAGCAACAGUGUCUGGCAAUAAGACAUUCAGCACGUUCAGAAGCCUACCCUCCGCGAAAGAGUCGACCAACUCCAGCCUUGACAAGGUGAGCCAGAGCCUAGCCUCCGCGAAAGAGUCGACCAACUCCAGCCUUGACAAGGUGAGCCAGAGCCUAACUCGGCUAGAAGGAAGCCUUGGAAGCCUAAUUCAAAGCUUCUUGGCAAUGCAGAGGUCUGUGUCUAACCUGGAACAGCUACAGGAGCUCUUAGUUUUACUGCUGGAAGAUAUCCUGAAGCAGGCAGACAACAAGGCCAAGAGUCUUAAAGCUAUCAAGAAAGAGAUAGAUACGAACUACGGGGAUCAAAACACCAAAACUUCCAAAGAGUCAAAUGAAGAUGAUAUUGGCGGCGAUGCUGACAGGAACAACCGCGCGGUCGAAAAUGGCGAGGCCAAGACCUAUGUCAAUGACGAAGAUUAUUCCGUUCUCUCAGGACGACUGGGAGGAAGUCUUGCCAGACAAGCUGACGCAAACGCUGUCCAAGACAAAGAAGAAACGGCAGAUUCGACACCGCCCUCAGCAGACGUCAACGAGAGCGGCGCGAGCAGCAGAGAAGGAAGCAGCACCAGCGAUGAGAACGACAACGCCCCGAGAUCAAAAUCUCUCACAGGCGAAACCAAGACCUCGCCACCAACAGAAAGCUUCAAUCGUUCUCCCCAAUGGGCGGAGCCAAUGAGCGUGGAGCGCGGCAACUUCCUGGCCAUGUUCCGCGAAGCGUUGGGCAGGCUCGUGCACAAAUCACCAGCAUCCGUCGGCCAACAGUUCCAACAGAUGAGGCUUCAGAGAGAAGACCACGAGAUCAACGCCGUGCCCGGCGAAUCGCCAGCAGAAGCACCCCCGAGAAGUUUCGAGCCGCUGGAAGUUAAGACGGAUGUCAACAACUUCCUGGACAAGGAGUCAAUCUCACAAAAAAGGCUGCCUGUUCAAGUGCGACUGCGGCACCUGUCCCAAGUCGUACGUCAUGCUGGACCUAUAGACGGACCCGAGAAAUCCACAUCGCCAUUUCUAGAGGAUCUCAGCGGAACUGUAGGAAGAGAUUAUUCCGGAGAACGACCUACUGGCAUGAUCAACAACUUGCAGUUGCCUGAGUCUGUAGCAGACAUCUUCACGAACGACUCCUCCGAAGAGACCAAACUGACUUCUAGCAUCACGCUGCAAAACGUCCCUCGGACUGUCAGGAAGAGAAGACAGGCGGAAAUACAAAGUAAGCCUUGGAGUACGUCAGACACCAGCACAAACGGUUCAGUGAUGACGUUCUCUGACGUUGCCAAGUUGCAGAGCCUAAGGGAAGAGUUGAACAGUUCAAAGAGGACAUUUCUCCACGACUCAAGCGUUGACACUUCCAAUGUCUAUAACAUCACAGAUGUACACAAUCACAGCAAUGUUGCAGGGGUUCCUGGCACAGCCUGGCAAGACUACGACCACCUGAUUGAUGCCCUCCUCAAAGACCUCAGCGCUAAGCUCCAGGAGUACCAGAGUCAACAAGCUUCUAAUGAUGCAGCCAUCGACCGAGCAGUCUACGAACUUAACAAACUCAUUUGGGUCUCCACUUUUGAAAACGAAUUCGGGGCUAUGAACAGCAGCGACACGCCCAGAAACAACGUUAUGACUGGAUCGGAAAGCGUCCAAUUUAUCUCUCAACCAAUGAUCUCAGCCGCGGAUGAAUCCGUCAACAAAGGCAUGCAGCUAUUCGCUGGCAAUGAAUCAACCUCUCUUAACGAAACAGCAUUACACCGCGCAUACACAGUCAAGUCCCGGACAAAGAGCGCAUUAUUUAAAACAAAGGAAAUGAUGAAGGAAACAGAAAAUAAUAGCAAGAUAAGUUUGCAAAGAGCAUAUGCGGACGAACAAGUAAGCCCAGCCAAUCUUUCAGAGUCUUCCAGUUCAGACUGGGUGUGGCUGACAUAUAUGCCAAGCGCAAUGAAACUCCCCGAAGCAGAUUUGAAGUGGCUCAUCGACACGCUGACAAUACUGACACAGAGGCAGGAUUUGGCCACGGACAUGACAGACAUCAUAAGAAGAGCUUGGGAUCUGACACACAAGAAGUUAGACAGCAACACAAUGAGGCACGGUGAAGACAGAUCCGCGGAAGCCGGACCAGAUGACUUGCAAGAUGAAGAGGAACUAGAUGUCGAUGCGGAAGGACAGAACACGCGCAGCCUAAUACGAGAUAAUACAAGCGCGAACUCUUUGUUUGGAGACAUCAGCGAGCAACUGUCGAAUACACCAAGCAACAGCAUUGACGAAUCAGUUCAACAAGUGAUCAAUGCGCUGAAACAUUUCCUGCAGCAGGAGGAUAGCCUGAACAACGACCAAUCUCAUCUCAGGUCAACACACAGUAACCAUGAAAAAGGUUCCCGGGGUCAAGACACUCUGGAAAAUGAGGAAGGGGAUUCAGAAGAGUUAAGCCGUGAAGAAGACAGAGGAAACCACAACAGUUACAUGAAUACAUUGCUGCAUGGGGGGCAGCAACGUAAAGAACCUGAAGAGUAUCCAAUGUUUGUACUUCAGAAGCAAAUUGAGCCAUUGGCAUUUGCUGAGUAUUUCAGAAACAAACGAGAAAGACGCAGUAGGCACAAAAGACUUUCUGGGAUGCUUCUCAAACAGUUUACCAACCCUCAGACACCAAGUGAUAAUAACCAGAUGGACAAUCGUCACAUUUUUAAUCAAGAUGGUUCUCAUUCUGCAGGACAACAGAUUCAACAGCAUCAAGCCAGAAACACAAGCAUGCCUCACAGCAAUGGUCCUCAAACUAUGCUCCACCAGAAUAACCUUCAUAACCAUCUCAGACGACUUUCAACCCAUGAGCCCUGGGGACGUCUUCAGAGGCAUUACAAUUACCCCUGGGGCUACUCAAACUACAUGAACCACCUGGGUAUCAACCACCCGAACUGGAUUCAUCGAGCCCUAGAACCAGACGAGCCGCCAUCAACAGAUAUGCAGGGCUCCAUGGACGUGGAAGACGCGGUGGCUGCCUUGUUCCAGCGGUACUGGCAGAGGCUGUUUGACGUUUACUCCAGAUCAGCACUAACCACCACCACAGAGGAGCCAGACUACGAUGGAGAGAAUACAACACCCCUAGCCAACAUCCAACUGGAAGAGAACAUCACCCACAUUACACCACAGUCACCAGCUACCAUUACCACCACUGACAUCUUGUCUCUAAGAGGCCAGCCAGCCAGUGUCAAUAUCAGAGGAAACACAACGCUUGUAAAGUGAUAAUUCAAAUAACUAUUAUCCGUGUACAUAUGUUUUCAGACUAUUUCUAAGCAUUCAUAAUUUCCUACACUAACGAGAAUAUUUUGAAACAUAUAAUUCAUAUAAGGAAAAUAUCAUUAAUAUAACAAAUGUAUGUUUUCUAUUGCAUGACAUCACAUCAUACACUAAGGCCCCUUGCAAGCUACACGGCUUUGCCUUUGCUGUACUGGGGAAAAAAAUCGCAUACAGCUGAAGAUGUAAAAAAGAGUAUGAGAGAGUUCACUUUCCCUGUGACUUGAGUUUGUUUAUCUAGUGAAGCAUUUUCUUAGUCCACAUUAUAAUUUAUAUAAUUUUUGUGUGUGUUGCUUUUGUAAAGCGAGCUGUUUAACUCUCUUUCCUAACUGACGAUACCAACGUUGAUUCCACCAGAAUGUGGUAAAUAAUUACGGAGAGAAAGAGUUAAGAACAAAUCACUUCUAUGGCUGUAGGAGGGAAAAUCGUGUAGUGUGAAAUCGUCUUUUGAGUCAUGUUGGGAGUCUACGGCAGCCGUACAGCGACCGACAGUUUAGUGAUAAGACAAGGUUGUUUUGAAGCUCCAUA